GGAACGUGGAAGAAGUUGUUGUGGGUGAAACAACAAUAUCCAGACAACUAUACGGACGAGGAGACCUUCUUAGAUCAUCUGCAGCGUAACCCAAGAUGGAGACCAUAUGAGUUCUGGCCACUUGUAGCAGAUUCAACGAUCAUCGUGCAGCACAUAUGCUCUGUGAUUAUCUUCGUCUGCUGCUUUACUGGCAUUUUUCAAGAGCGCGUGAGUCCACAGACUGUGGUGGGCUGGGCGACAAUUUGCACUGUCGCAAGUUGGGUGUUCCGGGACCAUUGGCAGAGUCAAAGCGAUGCACCAGAACAUGCUCUAGGCAACGAUCACACUGAGGAAGAACAAAACCGCGCCUUGCAGUCUGGGUCGUCGGUACAUGAGGAUGAUAUUCGCACACACUCUCGAAAUGUCUCGGGCGCGACUUCCGCCAGCUUGGGUGAAGCACCCCAGAUGCAUGCGCGCGAUCGAAAUAGCACAUCUACGCCCAUCGACAACAAUCCUACAUGGUAUGCGCACUCUCCGAGCCAGGCACCAGAUUCUACCAUUCCCACCGGCUCUCCCUUUAUCCGGCCAUGGAAUGGAAAGGCAUCGGCCUUCUCACCAAGAACCCAAGAACGUCUGAUGACCGCCAAGUCUGCCGUGCUCAUCUAUUGCAGCCUACUUGGUCUCUCACCCAUUCUGAAAUCUCUCACCCUGUCCACUUCUAGCGACAGUAUCUGGGCACUCAGCAGCUGGCUGAUGGGCAUCAACGUGUUCACCUUUGACUAUGGCGCUGGCCCUGAAGCUAAAUUCCCUGCUUCUCUCAGUACCAACGCGGCGCUGAUGGCGAGCACAGUGCUCGCCAGCCGUCUUCCAUCCACCACUCAUGUCUUCAGCCUUACACUGUUCAGCAUUGAAGUAUUUGGUCUAUUUCCUGUCUUCCGCAGACACUUGCGCUAUCAUUCUUGGACGGGACAUCUACUGCUCACGACUGUUUUAGUGAUCCUCGCUGGGGGCGGUUUGAGUAUGACGAUCUCUGGCGGAGGUUGGGGCAUGGGCGUAUUGGGAGUUAUACUCGGCGGGAUCGUUACGUGUCUGAGCAUGGGUAUGACAAGCUGGUGGCUCAUCGGCCUGCAGCGAUACAAGAACGAGAUUCAUGGGCCGUGGGACCCAGCAAGGCCAAUCAUUCGAAGGUCUUACUGA